CUAACUGGAUGUAAAUUGUAAAAUAGCUGACAUCUUGGUAUCGAGGAGGCGAAGAAUUCGUGUUAUUACUGUAGUUUCUAGUUAUCUACGAGGAACCGCUUUACCAUGAGAGCUUCGUGCAAUGGCUCCCAACACAACGGUUACGAUACAUUGAUGGCCCCGACUAUAUUCUCCUGAGAGCCGUGUUUCCUCCAAGCGCUGGCAGAACUUACCAUAGUCUGUCAUAAACGGAGCUACCUAUGUGUCUGUGAAACAUGGACGGAUGGAGCCCUGUCGUUGUUUCGGAAAAUGACCGAUCCUCUUCUGAGGGGGAGUACAUGCUAGGGCAGAGACCUGGAGGUGAAAUCCGGGAAGAGGUGGACGCACAGCCGCGUAGCGUCGCAGAUGGGAUGGAGGACGGGGGCUCAGAAGCAGCAGCAGCAGCAUCGGUGGGGUUCGGAAUCAGUGGGAUAGGGGAAGGAAAAAUGGUGUUGGGUCGAGUCGGACCGAGAGACGACAAAGAGCUCAGGUACUUGCACAUUUUAUGGGCGCCGGGGCGAGGCGAGUUUGAUCCGGGUGCUGAAUCGAGCAAGUUGGGAAAGAUAGCGGUGAGCAGGAGCAGGAGAAACCAACGAGCCGUGCGGAACCUCGCUCCCAUUGGGAAAGACAUUUACGCUGCUAAAAGAUUGAGGGAAGCUGCCAACAGCAACGACAUCGACACAGUUCGGAAGCUCCUGCAGGAUGACACAGACCCGUGUGCUGCAGAUGACAAAGGAAGGACGGCCCUACACUUCUCAUCUUGCAAUGGCAACGACAGCAUUGUGCAGCUGUUGUUGAGUUAUGGUGCCGACCCCAACCAGAGAGACAGCCUGGGAAAUACCCCUCUGCACCUGGCGGCUUGUACCAACCAUGUCCCUGUAAUCACCACCUUGCUCAGAGGAGGAGCUCGUGUGGAUGCUCUUGACCGUGCAGGGCGGACCCCGCUGCAUUUGGCACGCUCCAAGCUGAACAUUUUGCAGGAAGGAGAAUCCCGUAGCUUGGAGACCCUCAGAGGAGAAGUCACCCAGAUAAUUCAAAUGCUCAGAGAGUACCUGAACCUAAUGGGCCAAAGUGAAGCUAAAGAGAGACUGGAUCACAUUUCUACACGACUACAGCACACACGCACCAGAGAGCAGGUGGAUGAGGUGACAGAUUUACUGGCCAGUUUUACAUCGCUUAGUCUACAGAAACAGGACCUGGAUUCUAGGUAGAAGAUUAACUGACAUCUGCUCCGUUUUAAAUAUGCCAAGCUUUUGAUUUACUGGGUACAGCCAGAGAGCACAGGUCCAACUGUCAGACUGGGAAUGGCUGUCAGUAUUUAUUGAAGAGACUGCAGUUGAAAACAGCUAUAUGCCUUUUUUUUUAUUGCAGCAAGAAAACUGUCAGAGCAAAACCUCUGGCGCUGAUAUCAGCUUUGAAUAUAAAAAAAGAGCUGAAACAGCUAUUUAAUUUGGUUUGAUAUACACAUUUCUGUUUCUCUCAAAGUACAAUAUUUAUCCUAAUACUUGGAUACAUUGCAAAAUGUAACUAUCCUAACAAAAUAAUAAGUUUUAUUGUAAAUAAAAAAACACAGCUGUUUCUGUAUCACCACAAAUCUAACGCUUAAAUUAUUUUGGUCAUUACUGGACUGUGUAUCUGUACAAAGAAGCCAAACGACAGCAAAGCUCAAAAUAUAAGAAUGCAGCACUUUUUCUCUCUUCCAUGAGCUGCAAUCACUAUAUACAUUUCCAGAGGUAAUAUUUACUGAAAGAAUUUUUGAUAUAAUACCAGAUGGGUUGUUAAUUGUUAAAUCAUUUAUGCAUUUUCUGGUACUAUGGUUACGACCCCUUCUUUGAUCGUUCAUCAUGUUUGUAUUAGAGCCAGAGACAUGAGGUGUAUGUGAGAGAGAAAGGUAAAGCAGUAAGUGUUACUUAGCUCUGCAGAUAAACCGGAAGCCAUUAUUAUUUAACAACAUAAUGAAAAAUCUAAUCUCUAAUCUCUUUUCAUCAUCCCACACUAGUAAUGAGCGUAUUUAGCAUUGCUAACCUGAAUCGCCAUGUGUGCUAUAUCCUAAACUUUAGUAAGAUUUUCAGAAGACCUCUCACAUUUCCAAAUCCAGCGUUUUCCACAACAAGACUUUCUCUUCAUAAUAGUAUCUGAGUCAUCAUCUCAGAAAUAAAAACACCUUCCUAUAUCCAAGAGCAUUGUUAGCAUUAAUUAUCGGUUGCCAAAUCGGAAAAAAUAUUAGAUUUUUAGUCUACAGGUAGUCAACUUCCUCUAAGACAAAAUAGUCCAGCUUCAAUUGGACAGAUAAAAACUUAUGGGAAGAAGAAUUUGGUGCAAUACAGACAGUUGGAACCACUUUUUUUUGUUUUGUUUUUUUCUCUGUGUAAGACUGUUUAAUUGAAACGUUUUCACAUUCUCUUUUUGCCUUCUAUUCACUGGAUAUACUGUGAUAAUUACAGGACACAGUUUUGCAGUUUGACCGAAGUAUUUUUUUAGUUUUCUUCUCCAAGUGGCUUUGUUGUACUGCCUUACUUUUUUUUUUUCAAAUCUGUGCACAAUAAAUCUCUGUGAACUGUGUCGUAAAGAAUAUGCUUACUGUUGGAAUUUAACAUGAACCAAUAAAUCAGUAUGU